UUUGAAGACAGCAGAGGAGGGCACAUAUUCUGCGUGUCAGAGCAAUUCUGAAAGACUUGCAUCAAUGGAAGAGGUACAAAGCUUAACAGAACAGCCAAUGAAAAAAGCCAAGAUGCAGGAAUCGGGCGAACAGCUGUUAAGAUGGUGAUCAGGGAAUGAAAAAAGAGCACUCUCUUUUCAAGACCCUUGUGUGAGUUUGGUGAACUGAAACUGGAGCCAAAUGCAGAGAGGAACCAUAUGCAGCACUCCUAUGGAUCAGGCAAGUGAGCAGCACUGACAAUAGCGAUCAGAAACCCGAAUCCUCAAGUCUUGGUUCAAACCUGUCCAUGUCUAAUGAAAGAAAGGAGUAUACUGUGCUUCCACGUCUGAUUUAGUUAUGCCAUGCACUGACUACAUCUCAAGGUCAUCGAAUGAAUAUACCUCACAGAUGUAUUCUACAAAGCCCUAUGCACAUGUUCUUUCUGUACCUGUAUCUGAAACGAUGGCCUCUUAUUCUGGUCAGACUCAGUACCAAGCACUACAGCAGUCACAGACUUAUGCUGUUUAUCCUCAGACAACCCAAGCCUAUGGACUACCUCCUUUUGGUGCACUGUGGCCAGGUAUGAAACCUGAGAGUGGUUUAAUUCAGACUCCAUCUCCAAGUCAGCACAGUGUUCUUACCUGCACUACAGGGUUAACCACAAGCCAGUCGAGCCCAGCACAUUAUUCUUAUCCUAUUCAAGCUUCAAGUACCAAUGCCAAUUCCGUUUCCACCUCCUCAGCUGCUGUCAGUAUUUCAGCAUCAGCAGUAGCCAGCAUCUCUCAACAGGAGUAUCCUACGUACACAAUCCUCGGCCAAAGUCAGUACCAGCCAUAUUACCCAAGUUCAGGCUUUGGAGUUAUAGCACCAGCAGACAGCAGCGCAGAGAGCACCACGUUAGGAACCACCACAUAUCCUUCUGAAAAACCAAAUGCCAUGGUGCCUGCUCAGAUGGCGCAGAGACAUUCCUCUGGAGAUCCCUCUGCAAACCCAAUGCUACCCAGAGCAGCACCAAGUAAAGACGCAGAUGAGCAGACUCGGAAGAAUGUGACUGGGAAAAAUAGAGGCAAGAGGAAAGCAGACUCUUUGCCACAGGACAACGAACUUGAGCGAGUGUUUCUGUGGGACUUAGAUGAGACCAUCAUAAUAUUUCAUUCUCUUCUCACAGGAUCUUAUGCCCAGAAAUAUGGGAAGGAUCCAACUCUAGUAAUUGGUUCUGGAUUGAGUAUGGAAGAAAUGAUUUUUGAAGUGGCAGACACACACUUAUUUUUCAAUGACUUAGAGGAGUGUGACCAAGUCCAUGUGGAAGACGUUGCAUCAGAUGACAAUGGGCAAGAUUUAAGCAACUAUAAUUUCUCCACGGAUGGCUUCAGCAGCUCAGGAAGCAAUGCCAAUCAUGGCUCAGCAGGUGUCCAGGGUGGAGUGGAUUGGAUGAGGAAGCUGGCUUUCCGCUACCGGAAGGUACGCGAGGUCUAUGAGAAAUACAAAAGCAAUGUAGUAGCUCUCCUCAGCUCAGAGAAGAAGGAAGCUUUGCGCAGAUUGAGGGAAGACAUAGAAAUGUUAACAGAUUCCUGGUUGGGAACAGCACUAAAAUCUUUACUGCUCAUUCAGUCCAGAAAGAAUUGUGUGAAUGUUUUGAUAACAACCACUCAACUGGUGCCAGCCCUGGCCAAGGUUCUGCUGUAUGGACUGGGUGAAGUGUUCCCAAUCGAAAAUAUUUAUAGUGCUACAAAAAUAGGCAAAGAGAGCUGCUUUGAAAGGAUUGUCUCUCGGUUUGGGAAGAAGGUGACAUAUGUGGUGAUUGGAGAUGGACGUGAUGAAGAGCUGGCAGCCAAGCAGCAUAACAUGCCCUUUUGGAGAAUCACAAACCACGCUGAUCUGGUGUCCCUCCACCAGGCCCUCGAAUUGGACUUCCUGUGAGUCGCUGGGCAAAAGGCCAUUCAGCCGGGCUCCCGAUGGCCCCUGCUGGCUUAAACAGGAGCCCGCUUGGGGUCUUCCUUUUCCAUCCUGACAAAGAAAUGUAGCGAAUGGAAGUUUUCAGUAGGAGGUGUCAGACCCUCGCUUUCCCCAGGAGAGCUGCCGAUCCUGCUGUACACGUCAUUUGGGGCACUUGAAUUGUCCUCUGCGUUUUGGUGAAAAGAAUUUUCUGGGCGGGAAAUUUCCAGCAGUAAAGACCUUUUUCACUGUGCA